ACUCGUGUCGAUCUCUAUUUCUCCCACACCCAUUUCCUAAUUUUUAUGUGCUCACAUUCAAAGCUAAUCGCAUUACAUCCUCCAAAUUCCAACCUAUAUUUCUCUCUUUCUCAUUCUCCUUGAAUGUGAUCAUUAUUAUCAUUUCUUAGCUCCCUCUCCACAAACUUGGCCUCAGCCUUAGGCCACUAAUUUUAUUGAGUCGCCAUCACUAAAGGAAGAAACAAAUGGAGGGGGUAUCAACUAGGGUAUACAGUGGAUUAAAGGGUUACUGGAGGAGGAGGGGCUAUCAGAAGCUGAACAGGACGAACCGGGUUGAACUAUCAGCAGAAGGUUCAACCCGGAAGAGAAGGUUCUGGAAGAUAAAGCUGACCCGAAAACUGAAACUGAAGAUCAAUUUUAAACGGUUUUCUUUGAAGAAGCUUCUUAUUGGAUUGCGUGAUGCUUAUGUGAACACGAUGUUGAGGGUUGCAAACACCCGGGGGUUUGGCGGCGGCUACAGCGGCAGCAUUGAUGGAUUUGGGAUGAGGCCUAUCAAGGAAUAUGAUGAGAGAGUGCUGGUAGAGAUCUACAAGUCUAUGAUAAUUGCUCAAGGAAAAUUGGGUAAUCGAGAUGGUGCUGCUACUGCUAAAAUUGGUCCUGAGAAUACUACUAGUACAACAACAACGUCAGUGUGAUCCCACAAAUGGGGUCUGAGUUUCUGAGGAGGGUAAGAUAUACACAGACAUUAUUUCUAUUUUUGUGUAGGGUAGAGAGGUUGUUUCGACCGUCGGUCGGUCCUGAGAUUACUGUCCAUGGUAAUUAAUCUUAUUCAAAGAUAAGAUUGUUCUGAGAUUUAAUAGUAAUGCAUUCAGAAAUUAUCUUCG